AUGUCAUCAGAGCUUGAACCUCAAUCUGCUCAAUCAAAAAUCGAUUCGUUGCAAGAAUUAAAUUCGAAGCUCUUGGCUGAGAUUCUGAGCUUAGAAAGGAAAAUGCUGAGAUUCGAGGAGCUAGAAAAGAAAAAUAAAACAGACACCAGUAAUCUCAUUGCUGAAAAUGCUGAGCUCAGAGACAGAGUCACGAAAUUGGAACAGAAGCAAACACAAGGUGAUAGCGUAUACGUAUUAGAAGAUUCUAUUCUCCACGUCUGA